UUUGAUUUAUUGUUACCUACAUUUAUAUUGCAAUAUUCAUUUACAAAAUGUCCAUUAAAUUGUUCAAAUCAUGGUCAAUGUAUUCGAAAUCAUUGCAAAUGUAAUGAUCAUUAUUAUGGUAAUUCCAAAUGGACAAAAUUAUUUUCCAAUCAUCAAUUAUUUUCUGCUCGUGCAUCACAUGCAUCAGUUUAUGAUGAUCGUACCGAUCAAAUCUAUAUAUUUGGUGGACGUAAUUAUGAAACAAUUCAUUCUGAUCUAUUAUCAUAUUCAAUAACAAAAAAUGAAUGGAUCAAUUUAACUGACUGUGAUAUUAAUAACAACAAAAAUACUUACAACAAUUAUCGUACAAAUUAUAAACAACCAAAACCACGUUGGGGUCAUACAAUGAAUAUCGUUAACAAUUCAUUGAUAAUAUUCGGUGGAAUCGGUGCCGAUGGUCAUCAAUUUAAUGAUAUUUGGAUUUAUAAUCUUGUUGAACGUUAUUGGAUUCAGCCGCAAACAAUAUUUCAAAUUCCACCGAUUGCAUUUCAUGUAGCAAUUAUUGUUGAUCAACAAUGGCUUUAUAUUCAUGGUGGUCGUUUUGAAAAUUCAUCAAUUUCAUCCAAUAUUUAUCGAAUUAAUCUUUUAUCAUCAUUGAAUAAUCAAUGGGAAUCGUUGAACAAAGGAAGAAAAUUAGCAGCACAUACUGCCAUUUUUUAUAAUCGUUCAAUAUUGAUAUUUGGUGGAAUCGAUAUGAAUAAUAAUCAACUACAAAAUACAUUAUAUCAAUAUAAUGUUGAUGAUAAUUAUUGGUCCAUAAUACGUUAUCGUUAUCAUGAUCAAAAUCUUAUUCCACGAAAACGUGCAUUACAUUCAAUGUUACUUCUCGAUAAUGAUUAUCUAAUGAUUUUUGGUGGAUUCAUUGAAAAUGAUUGUGAUAAUAAGGAUGAUGAUGAUGGUACAAAAAUCUAUUUGUUUUCAUUGAAAUAUCGAUAUUGGACUAUGUAUGAUGAUCAUAAUCAAUUUCCAUUCAAAUCAAUAUCAUCACAUACAAUGAUACGACGAAAGAAUUUUCUAUUCAUUUUUGGUGGAUAUUAUGGCCAAAUUCGUGAUGAAAUUCUAGUCACAAAGAUAAAUCAUAGCAUCUAUGAUGAUCAUGGUCAUCAGAAUUCAUCCGAAUCGACCAUAUGUAAAUAUUUUAAUGUGCCAAAUAUUUCGAUGCCAGAUGAGAUGAUAAUCGAAAAACAACGAUCAACAAUUUUCCAUUCAGAACAAAUGAUACGAAUUUUCGGUUUCAUACAUCAUCCACUUGGAUCACAAACAUUUGAUAAUAAUAUUCUUCGUAUUUAUCUUCGUAAUGGUAAUAAUGAUAAUAAUUUGCUCAAUUCAACAUUUGAUCUGUCAUUUCAUCAUUAUCAUAAUGUUUUUAAACGUGAAACAAAAUGUGCAAUAGGAACUUAUGAAGAUAAUUCAGUUGUUGGUAAUGGUCGAUGUUUACCUUGUGAUUGUAAUGGACAUGGUGAUCAUGAACGUGGAAUAUGUCAUCCAAAAAAUGGUUAUUGUUUUUGCCGGAAUAAUACUGAAGGAUCGAAUUGUAAUCGUUGUUCAACCGGUUAUUAUGGUCAACCAAAAAAUGGUGGUAUUUGUUUCGAACAAUGUCAAAAUAAAGCAUUGAUUUUGAAUGCAACAUUUGGUUAUUUUGGAUCAUAUCAACGAUCAUAUGUAUCGAAAAUGAAAAAAAUCGAAUCAUCAUCAACAAUCAAUCAUCAUCAUUGUAUGUGGAUUAUAUCGACUGGUCCUGAUUAUCAUUCGUUGAGGAAUCAGCCAUCAUUGCAAAUUACCAUAUUCAAAUUAUGGAAAUUAAAUUGUUCACACAGUACAUUGAUCAUUUACGAUGGUGUGCCGGAUUUUAUUCUACAAAAUCAAAAAUCACUGUCGAAUCAAUAUCGAAUUUUAGCAUCAAUUUGUGGUCAACAGCAGCAGUCGAAUGAUUUAAAAUUGAUUGCCAAUACUGGUAUUGCAACCAUACUUUAUAAAACUGAUUACAACUUUGAACAGCAGCAAGGAUUCAAUGCAUCAUAUCAAUCGAUGGAAAAUAAUUCAUCAUCAAAUGAUGCAAAAUGGCCACAAAAUUCUCAUCAACUUGAAUAUUUUAAUAAUCAUCUAAUAUUUAUUGGUGGUCAUAUUCAUACCUUGAAUCUUUGUUUAACAUUAUAUUCAUUCGAUGAUGAUCGUUGGAUUCAACUAGAUAACCAGAAUGGAAAAAAUUUUCCCACAAAUCGUUAUCUUCAUGCAUCAACAAUGAUCGAUGAUAAACUUUAUGUUUAUGGUGGCGUUGAUUUGCAUACUAAUCAAGUUUUGGUGGAAUUUUGGUCAGCUUCAUUCAUAUUUGAUCAUGAUCAAAAUAAUUUAAUCAAAUGGAUCAAUUUGACAGCCGCCGAUUCGAAACCACCACCAUUAAUUGGUCAUACAUUAACUGGAAUUCAACUUGGUCAAUCAAAACAAGAUGCUUUGAUUUUAAUUGGUGGUUAUUCACCACAAAAUGGUUAUUCAUCCAAUCAAUAUGUUUAUCUAAUGAAAGAAAAUCAAUGGAUAUUAUUGAAAACAAAAGGAUCAUCACCAUUAGGUAUUAUUGGUCAUUCAACUGUUUAUCAUCAUGAAAGUGGUAAAAUUUUUAUAUUUGGUGGUUUAGAUUUUAAAGAAUCACAUAAAUGGGCUAUUUCAAAUACUAUUUAUCAACUUGAUUUUCAUCAUUCGAAUCCAAAUAAUCAAUUCAUAUGGCAUCGUAUACAACCACGUAGUGUUUUAAAUUCAAUCAUACCAUUAUAUCUGCAUCAAGCUUUUACAUUACCGAAUUAUAUGCUAAUAUUUGGUGGUAAAAAAGUAAUCAAUUAUCGUGGUAGUGGUGGUGGUGGUGAUAGAAUGAUGGCAAAUAAUCAUGAUGAUCCAAUAUCGUAUGCAUAUUUUUAUAAAUGUAAUCGUUGGAUUGCCAUUCAAAAUGUUUCUUCUUCAUCAUGGUCGAAUGUAUCGAUUUUAAACAAUCGUCAUCGUCAUUCGAUUCAAGGAUCAUCAUGGUCAAUAACUAUUGAUAAUCAAAGAAUAUUAUAUCGAUAUGAAUCAUCAUCGGCAACAACAAAGAAUCAACCGUGGUCGAUUGAAAAGAUACAAUUACCUAAAGAUUUUUGUGAAUUUUUUUCCAAUGAUCAAACACAAUGUUUAUCUACAAAUGGUUGUUCAUAUUGUCGAAGAAAUUCUUCUUCUUCAACAUCAGGAAUUUGUUUUGAUCAAUCUUUAGCGGCGGCGGUAAAAUUUGAUUGUUUCGAAAUAUUGAAUGAAACAUCUGUUGGUUGUAUCAAUGGUAGAAAAGAAUGUAAUCAAUUUACAAAUUGUGUUGAUUGUACAACGGUUAAUUAUGAAUUCCAAGAUGAUAAUGGUGGUGGAUGUCAAUGGUGUGCCGAUUGUCAUAUGGCAAAUGGACAUUGUAUUAAAAUGAAUGAUACAUGUCAACAAUGGGAUGAUGAUGAUAACGAUCAUUCAUAUCAUAAUAAUGAAUUUGUUACAUCGAUUGGUAUUGGAACUGGAACUGGAUCAACAACAAUAUGCCAAAAUAUAAGCAUUAUUGAAAUGAAACAUUGUUCAACAAGACGAUGUUUGGCUACUGAUUGUCAACAUUGUUUAUUGAUUAAUCAGGAACGUCGAUUAUCAUUAUCAUUAUCAUCGUUGUCAUUUAAUCAUCAAAUUGGUGAUGAUAAUGGUUGUAUAUGGACAAAACAGGUUUAUAAAUUUAUACGAUUUGGUCAUCAUCUAGCAAUGCCAACAAAUCCAAUUUUUGAUUGGGCUUGUAUUGAAUCAUCGAUUAUUCGAUUUUCGGUAAUGAAAAAUGUACCAACAAUACCACCAUUAAAAUGUCCAAAACGUUGUAGCCAAUAUUAUUCAUGUCAAAGUUGUUUAGAAGAAACAUUUGGUGAUGAAAGUGGUAGUCAUGAAUGUUUAUGGUCAGAAUUAACUGGUGAAUGUAUGUCAUCAAUAUAUUCAACAAUUAAAUGUCAACAAAAUCAUCAAUGUGGUGGUUUUAUUUAUCGUCUUCAACCGAAUGAUGAUGAUGAUCAUCAACAUCAAUGUCCAGCUGAAUGUGAAACAUUUGAAAAAGCUAAUGAUUGUUUAUCAAUGUUACAUUGUGGUUGGUGUGCCGUUGAUGGUCUACCUAUUGAUGGUGUUGGUUUUUGUUUACAAGGUGAUCUUCAAGGACCAAAAUAUCGUCAUUGUUCAAAUCAAUCAAUCGAUUUAUUAAGUCAAUUAAAACAUAAAUCAUAUUAUGUUCCGAUGAAAUUAUGGAAAACAUCAUGGUAUUAUUUAAAAUCACCCAAUGAAAAUGAAUGUUUAAAUGGUCAUCAUAAUUGUAAUCAAAAAUCACAAAUAUGUAUUGAUCUUAUUGAUGGUUUUAUGUGUCAAUGUAAAAAUGGUUAUCGAAUGUUUAAUGAUAAUGGUGUUGUUGUUUGUAAACCAAUAUGUCAACAAGGUUGUCUGAAUGGCCAAUGUAUUGAACCAAAUAUUUGUCAAUGUAAUUUUGGUUAUAUUGGCCAUGAUUGUUCAAUUGAAUGUCAAUGUAAUGGUCAUAGUUUAUGUCCAUCAUCUGAUCGACGAUAUGAAUGUAUUCAUUGUGAAAAUAAUACACAAGGUAAAUCAUGUGAACAAUGUAAACCAUUUUUUAUUGGUAAUCCAACAAAACCAGGUGAAAAAUGUCAAUCAUGUUCAGAAUUUUGUCAUAAUCAUUCUGAAUUAUGUUUUUCACAAGAAGAUUUAUCAAAUUUAACAACCACGGAAUUGAAUGAAUUUAAUGAUACACAAUGGUUCAAAUUUGGAAUGGAAAUUAUUCGACAUGGACCAAUAUCACCCGCAAUAACAAAAUGUAUAAAUUGUAAAAAUAAUACCGAUGGUAAUCAAUGUGAACAUUGUAAAUUAGGUUAUUUCAAGAUAAGUGAUAAUAUUCAUGAUGGUUGUCGUCAAUGUAUGUGUAAUAAUCAUGGAUCACUGUGUAAUCCAUUUAAUGGUGAAAAUUGUGAUUGUCAUAAUAAUACUGAAAAUGAUCGUCAAUGUAAUUAUUUAACAACGAAAGAAUAUAGUAAUUAUAUAAAUAAAACAUAUUAUUUUAAAUCAUCACAAAUAAUGACAACAUAUUCAUUACCAUGUUGGAUGUUACAAUGUACAAAAUGUAAAGAUUAUUUUUAUGGACAACCAUCGAAUGGACAUCAAUGUUAUCGUCAUAUGUUUUUGGAUAAAGAAUAUUGUUUGAAUUCAAUACGGCAGGAAAAUUGUAUUAUUGAUCAACAACAACAACAACAACAGAAUCCAGAACAGAAUCAAUUAUUAUUGGGUCGAACAAUAUUUUUUGCCAUACAACCAAGAUAUAUGAAUGUUGAUUUAAAAUUAAUCAUAUUCAAUGUUGAUGGUAUGAUUGAUUUAUAUAUGGCAUCAAAAGAGGAUAUAUUCAUCAUCCAGAAUGAUCCAUUGAAUGGAUUUCAUCAGAUUUUCAUUGAUAAAAAAUAUAUUGAUUAUGAUCAAAAUGAAUCAUCAACAAUCGAUCAUGUGGAAAUUGAUAAACUGAUUGAUUUUAAUAAUUCUUCAUCAAAAUCAUCAGAUCAAACAUCGACGAUAAAAUCACCAUAUAAAAUGACAUUAAUCAAUUUGAACGAAUUAUCAUCCGAAUCAUCAUAUUUUACAAUGAAAAAUUGGUAUGAAAUUUUCAUUGUAAAAAAUGUUCAAAAUCGUUUAGAAAUAACUAUACCGUAUCGUUAUCAUGAUCUACGUACAACACGUUAUUAUCUAAUGAUUUAUGGUUCGUUUCUUAACGAUACCGAUGGCGAUUUCAUUGAUAAAAAUCAAGCAAAUAUUGUCGUUCGACAAGAUCAAAGUCGUAUUGAUUUAUUUAUAUUUUUCUGUGUAUUUAUUUCAUGUUUUUUUCUAUUCCUUUCGAUGUCGAUAAUGUUUUGGCGUUUAAAACAAAUAAUCUUUAUUCAUCAUACAAGACAAUUACAACAAAUGGAAUUACAAUUAAUGGCUAAUAGACCAAUGGCAACGAUUACUAUUUUAUUGGAUAACGAUAACGAUGAUAAUAAUGAUAAACGUUACCUUGAUGAUUCAGAAUCGUUGAUUGGAUUCCGUCCAUACAAUCAAGAAUCAAUCACACCACCAUCAUCAUCUUCGAAACAACGUCAUCGAACAAUUUUUCAUCAAUUAACAGCAAAUUUUAAAGAAUCACCGAAAAAAAUUUAUCCCGAAUAUUCACGGACAAUGAUAAACAAACAAGAACAAUCGAUUAUGAAUAAUCGAAAACGUCCAUCACCACGGAUGCCUUUAGUAUCAUUAGAACCAACAUUUGAUGGUUCGGCAGCUAUUUUAACAACAUUUAUUCAAUUUCCACAUAAAAAAGAUAAUAAUGAUGAUAAUUCAAAUCAAUCAUUACAGAUGGCAGCUGCAUCAACAUUAAUUUCAUUACUUUUGCCAAGAAAAUAACUGCAGUUAUCGCUAAAUUUUAAAAAGUCGUAACAUAAUUUAUGAAAAUCAUUUGGACAUUGGAUGAGACGAUGCAUAUACGUAAAAACGAAAAGCUUAU